CUUAUUUACUUUCUCUAUUCCGAAGAAAGAGAUGGGUGGAAGGAAAAAGUCGUUCUGCGCCUCCUAUAAUCUCUAUGCUAGUUUGGCAUUGUGUGCCUCGCUUGCAUGUUGUUAGGAUUCUGGGAAUCUUGUUGUGCUACUCGCUCCUGGGUCGUGUUGGCAAGCCAUGGCGGCUAAGAAACUGUGCGAGUCUUUCUCCAAGAGCCUUAUCGACGAGGUGCAAAGAUGGGGUUGUAUGAAGCAGACGGGGGUGAGCUUGAGGUACAUGAUGGAGUUUGGUUCCGAUCCCAACGACAGGAACUUGCUCAUCUCUGCUCAGUUCCUUCACAAGGAGCUCCCCAUAAGAAUUGCCAGGAGGGCCAUCGAGCUCGAAAGUCUGCCUUAUAGCUUAUCCGAAAAACCUGCCGUUUUGAAGGUUCGAGAUUGGUAUUUGGAUUCUUUCCGUGAUCUUAGAUCCUUUCCUGAGAUCAAGGACACGAAUGAUGAGAAGGAAUUUACUCAAAUGAUUAAGGCAAUUAAGGUGAGACACAACAAUGUGGUCCCCAUGAUGGCUUUGGGGGUUCAACAGUUGAAGAAAGGCAUGGAUCAAAAAAUUAUGUAUGAGGAUCUCGUUGAGAUUCAUCAGUUUCUGGAUCGCUUCUACAUGUCAAGAAUAGGAAUUCGCAUGCUUAUUGGGCAGCAUGUGGAGUUGCACAAUCCUAAUCCCCCUCCUCAUUGUGUGGGUUAUAUAAAUACGAAAAUGUCUCCACUGGAGGUAGCACGAGGUGCCAGUGAAGAUGCUCGCUCUAUUUGCAUGCGUGAGUACGGCAGUGCCCCUGGUGUUGAUGUAUAUGGGGAUCCCAAGUUUACAUUUCCGUAUGUUCCAACACACUUGCAACUUAUGGUGUUUGAGUUGGUUAAGAACUCUUUGCGUGCUGUCCAAGAGCGCUUCAUGGACUCGGACAAAGUGGCUCCUCCGAUUAAAAUAAUAAUAGCUGAUGGUAUAGAAGAUGUUACAAUCAAGGUCUCAGAUGAAGGGGGUGGUAUAGCAAGAAGUGGUCUCCCUAAAAUUUUCACAUAUCUUUACAGUACUGCAAAAAACCCAUUGGAUGUGGAGUCUGAUCUCGGUACAGCUGAUGCAGUCACAAUGGCUGGAUAUGGAUAUGGGCUUCCAAUAAGCCGCCUGUAUGCUCGGUAUUUUGGAGGGGAUCUCCAAAUUAUCUCUAUGGAAGGAUACGGGACUGAUGCAUAUCUCCAUUUGUCUCGAUUGGGAGAUUCGCAAGAACCAUUGCCGUGAGCCUAAGCUGCAGUUCUAAAGUCAACAACACACUGCAGUUAUCAUGAACUAUGUUUGAAAUAUCAGAACGGGGGAAAUACCUUUAGUGUUUUACAGUCAAAAGAGACGGAUUGCUGUCAAUUUUUAAGCCUAAGAAUUGGCAGUUUUGCAUUAUUUGUUUGUUUCUCCGUUUUUCUUGUAUAUUCUUCAUGUGCUUUACUUCACCAGGUGCGUGAUAAUCCAUCCAUCUCCAUGGGAUCAGCUAUUACAUAGUACAGUUUUUAAGUUAA